AUGGCAGAAGUGGUCAUCGCCUUCGACAUCUACGGGACCCUACUCUCCCUUGAAACGGCCACGCACGAGCUGGAGCAGCACUUCCGGGGAGACGCCCAGCGCGCGCGCACCGUGGCCCAGACAUGGCGACGCUACCAGCUGGAGUACACCUGGCGGCUGAACAGCAUGGGACGCUAUCUCCCCUUCGACGAAGUCACCCGCAACGCUCUAUUGCACGCGCUCGACGACACCGGAUGCUCCCUGGACGAGCUGGCCAUCGACGGGGUUCUCGCGGCCUACGAUCGCCUCCAACCCUUUCCGGACGUCGAAGAAGCCCUCCGGAAGAUAAGCGCCACCGCGCGGAUCAGGCCGGUGGUGUUCUCCAACGGGACCGUGGACAUGGUCCGCGCCUGUCUCAGCCACGCACCGCCGCAGCUGCAGCAGCUGCAACUACAGAACAUGGAGAUCAUCAGUGUGCAUCCCCUACAACAAUAUAAGCCCGCCCCAGCGGCCUACAGUCAUCUGCGGGAGCAAGUAGCCGGCACGGGCGGCGGCAGCAGCAGCAGCAGCACAGCGACGAUCUGGCUCAUCAGUGCGAAUCCAUUCGAUAUCGCCGGCGCGAGCAGUGCAGGCCUGAACACGAUCUGGGUCGAUCGCGACCAGAACCAGGCGGGGUGGACCGACCGAGCACUGCCUGAGGUCAAGCCUACGGCGACGAUUCGUCGGCUGGCCGAGUGCGUCGACAUAAUUAAAGGCUACCAAUAAAAUGCACGAUGUUUUUUUCUAGUCCCCUUCUUCCUUCUGUGUCAAGCCCAAGCCAGAACCAGAAGGCAAAAAGGCAAUGGAAAAAAAGGUGAGGUGAAUGUCCCGCUGUAGUAAUUUCCAAACGCUCCACGCCAAAGGUAGAGAGAAGAGUCCGGGGUAAGUCAGCAGAGGUUGCUCUGACCUCCCAUUUCCCCUUCAAGAACCCACAGGAAAAGGAUUCUCGAAGUGAAUAGGGAGGAGUGAUC